AUACUAUCCUCAAAAUAUAUAUAUAUACAUUACAUGCUCUUCCCACAAAUAUAAAUACAUAUAUAUAUGUAUACAAAAGAGCUCCAGGCAAAUUAACCUCUUCCAUUGGUGUUGCUUUCUGUCCUUUCGUCUUCCUCCUUUUCCCUCUGUUUGUCUUUCCUUUAUCCUCCAUGGCAGGAGCUCUGUUCCGCUUCACUACCACCGUUUCUCCAAGCCGCCGGCCAUCUUCCUCGGCGCCGAUGAUGGUCAACACCUCUUCCAGCCAGUCUUACCGGACCACCGCCGACGCCGCCAUUGAAAUCCAUCUCAAGCAAGCCAUUCUUAUCCGACACCCGCUCCCCGUCUACGAGCCCAUGCACCACCUAAUCUUCGCCGCCCCUCGAACCGCAGCGCCCGCCCUCUGCAUCGCUGCGUGCGAGCUCGUCGGCUGCCACCGGGACCAAGCCAUCGCCGCAGCCUCCGCCAUACACCUCAUGCACGCUGCUUCCUACACUCACGAGCACAUGCAAUUGACGCACAGACCCGACCGGAAGCCCGCAAUGAUCCAUCACAAAUACGGCCCGAAUAUAGAGCUUCUAAUUUCAGAUGGAAUUGUACCGUUUGCAAUGGAGUUGCUGACCCAAUCCGACGACCCGAUCCGAAACAACUCGGAGCGAAUCUUACGUGUGAUUGUUGAGAUCACACGUGCGUUUGGGUCGCAAGGAGUGGUGGAGGGACAGUACUAUGAGUUACAACAGAGUGCAUUAAACGACGGCGGAUCGAGUCAAAGGGAGCGGAAUGAACGAGCGGUGGAGAAAAAGGAAGGUAGGUUGCACGCGUGUGGAGCUGCGUGUGGGGCAAUAAUAGGAGGUGGAAGCGAGUUGGAGGUAGAGAAACUUCGGAGGUACGGUUUUAAUGUUGGGAAAAUAAUAAAAAUAUUGAGUGAAUAUGAAGGUGAGAAAGACGAGAGGUUUGUGAAAAUUGUGGAGGAGAUGAGAAAUUUAGGUCUUGAGGAAUUGAAAGGUUUUGAAGAAGAAAAAAUUGAAGCAAUUCGUAGUUUCGUUAAUCCUUAAAUAUCACGUACAAUGUGGGUUCUAACUAAAUAGUAUAUUAUUAUUAAGACA